GCAAACAACAAGCCCAGACACCCGGGUACGCCGACCUAUCAACGAACACACACCCCUGCGACGCCAGCUACAGCGGAUACGACGUGGUGCAUCUCGUGGGCAAAACAAACGCGCACACAGACCACAGCCACACCGCUUACUCACAGCUAGGCAGCGGCGGAGAUUACGACACAUUGGACCUCACCGACACAACAUACGACAAAGCCACCUUACAGCAGCGGGUGAGUGGGGCUGAGUUCUUGACUAGCGGUGCGGAGUAUCACUCGGUCGUGUCUAAUGCUCUCACGGAGGUUGCAUGA